GGAUCCUCUUUGCUCAAAAUGCUGUUAGGUUUCUUGUGUUUGUUUUUCACCUGCUAGUACAGAUCCACAACAUCUCAAACCUUUUUUAUUUUUUUCAUCAAAACUGGUUUCUUGUUUCUUUUCUUUUUUCCUACUGGCAAUCAUGGAACCAUUUUGAGGGGUACAAUCUCAGUCAGGAGCUGCAUCUUUUGUGUGUUGGUCUUGGGUUAAGAGCCUUUACAACGGUCCCGGCAAAACGACCUUCUGUCCAGAUGGGCUCUACGGGUAAAUGGGGAACCCGGGAGGUCCCAGAGCCCAGUGGUGCGAGGCUCCUGCGAGGGUAGCAUGGGGGCCUUGGCGGAGAUGGGAAGGGGAGAAGGACUGGGAGGGCAGACACGGAGAAGGUGGAGAAUAGGAAUCAUGUGUGUUCCUCGAGUGUACAACCCACAUUCGAGUGACAAGUGACGAAGGCAACCUAUGAAAAAACAUCUCAGCACAAAUAUACCGGAAUCCAGCUGCCUCUCUGUGCAAUGUGGGUCUUCAACUAACUUUGGGAACUGACAGAUCCGGCAUCGCGCCGCGCGCAGCCUCGCCUCCCCCUCGGUUUCCUUCGCCCUGCCUAAGGUCUUCGGUCCCUGCUCUUCCUCCAAGGUAAGAAUGGAGUAUCAUUCCUUCAGCCUCCCAACUCGGUCGCCGGCGCCCAACCACUCCGCACCCCUCUCUCUGGGCUGGGGUCUCAACCUGACUUCCGGACGGGAAGUCCCAGCUCCCGGGCCACCGCCGCCCGGCCCGCCCAGCCGCCUGGUCUACCUGGGGGCCAUCCUGGUGGUGGCCGUGGCCGGCAACGCCAAGGUACUGUGCCGCCUGUGCGGCCGCGGCGGGCCCUGGGCGGGUCCCAAGCGUCGCCAGAUGGACUUGCUGCUGGUGCAACUGGCCCUGGCCGACCUGUACGCGUGCGGGGGCACCGCGCUGCCGCAGCUGGCCUGGGACCUGCUGGGCGCGUCGCAUCGGGCCGCGAGCGACCACGAGUGCCGCUUCGUGCGGCUGCUGCAGGUAUCCGGCCGGGGUGCCUCGGCCCACCUGGUGGUGCUCAUUGCCCUCCAGCGCCAGCGCGCCGUGCGCCGUCCCCAGGGGCCGCCGCUGCCCGCGCGCGCCCUCGCCGCCCUGGGCUGGCUGCUGGCGCUGCUGCUGGCGCUGCCCUCGGUCUCCGUGGUGCGCGGGGCCCCCUCGGCGCCUCCCGCCGCCCGCGCCGGGCCCGGAGAGCAUCGCUGCCGCGGCAUCUUCGCGCCCCUGCCGCGCUGGCACCUGCAGGUCUACGCGCUCUAUGAGGCCACCGCGGGAUUCGCGGCGCCGGUCGCGGUCCUGGGCGUCGCUUGCAGCCGCCUGAUCUGCGCCUGGUGGCAGCGCCCGCCCCCGGCCCCAUCUGCCGCGGCGCCCACGUCAAGUCCUGGCCAAGCCCCGGUCCACAGCGCGCUACCGCGCACCAAAGUGCAGAGCUUGAAGAUGAGCCUGGUUCUAGCGCUGCUGUUCGUGGGCUGCGAACUGCCCUACUUUGCUACCCGGCUGGCAGCUGCGUGGUCGUCGGGACCGGUGGGAGAGGGAAUUUUCGAAGACGACGAGGGGCCCCAAGGCCACCAGGCGCUCCACCGCCACCGCUGGCCCCAUCCCCAUUAUCACCACGCUCGGCGGGAGCAGCUGGAGAAGGGCGGCUUGCGCCCCCCGCCGCCACCCCCCUGGCCGCUGCCCUGCUCCUGCGAAAGCGCAUUCUAG